CCUGCCGCGCCGAGGGAGGAAAUGGCAGCGCGGGUGUGCGGGGGGGAGGCCCGGAGCCGCGCACACGGGGCUUGCAGGCGGGUGCCCGACCGUCUCCGCCGCUAGCUCCGCGCCGAGCCGAGCCGAGCCGAGCUCCUCGCCCGCCGCCUCCCCAUCUCCGCGGCGUGCACAUCCGCAGACACGCGGCGACACCCGCCGCCAGCAGCCGCCGCCGCCACAUCACAUGCGACCGCCGGGAGAUUACAUGAGAGAGAGCUGGGGGAGCUUUGCCUUCUCGCUCGUCCGGCGAUCGCCGCCCUGAUGUCCCUCCCCGAGGAUGGCUUUCCCCUUCUUCUUCCUCCCCCGGCCCCCUGCAGCCCGCGGGGAGGCUGAGUCGGGGUCGAGCCCGUAGGGCAGGGGCAGCCCCCGGACAAAGCGCUCCCCGCGCCGCGGCUCUGGCAACAGCUCGUUUGCAGGAGGAAACCCGGGAGCAGCCCCUGGAGGAGCAGGGAAUCCCUCAGCCCUUUGUGCGGCGCCAGCUUGGGUGUUUGCUGCCGGAACGAGCUUCAAGAAUGGGGACAUCCAUCUAAAGAGGAUCCUACCCAAAUAUUUGUACUCUCCAGUCUCAUUCUUCUAAAGACUCAUCCCUUUCAGAAUGGCUGGAAAGGCUCCACCAGGGAUAAACAAAAAGUCUUCAAGGUCUACCCUUUCCCUUCCACCAGAACCAGUGGAGAUCAUUAGGAGCAAAUCUUGCUCCAGGAGAGUUAAAAUAAAUGUAGGUGGACUCAACCAUGAAGUCCUAUGGAGGACUUUGGAUAGACUUCCAAGGACACGAUUAGGAAAACUCAGAGACUGCAAUACUCAUGAAUCUCUGCUGGAAGUGUGUGAUGAUUAUAAUCUGAAUGAGAAUGAAUAUUUCUUUGAUCGACACCCAGGAGCCUUCACCUCCAUUUUGAAUUUCUACAGGACAGGUAAAUUGCACAUGAUGGAAGAAAUGUGUGCUCUCUCUUUUGGCCAAGAACUUGAUUACUGGGGGAUUGAUGAGAUAUAUUUAGAAUCUUGCUGCCAGGCAAGAUACCACCAGAAGAAAGAACAAAUGAAUGAGGAACUAAGGAGAGAGGCAGAGACCUUGAGAGAGAGAGAAGGGGAAGAAUUUGAUAAUACUUGUUGUCCAGACAAAAGGAAGAAACUCUGGGACUUGCUGGAGAAACCCAACUCAUCUGUGGCUGCAAAGAUCUUGGCCAUUGUAUCCAUUCUAUUCAUCGUACUGUCAACCAUUGCUUUGUCUCUCAACACACUACCUGAGCUUCAAGAAAUAGAUGAAUUCGGACAGCCAAAUGACAAUCCCCAGCUAGCACAUGUCGAAGCUGUGUGUAUUGCUUGGUUUACUAUGGAGUACCUAUUGCGCUUCCUGUCCUCACCAAAUAAGUGGAAGUUCUUCAAAGGUCCAUUAAAUGUCAUUGAUUUGCUGGCCAUUUUGCCAUAUUAUGUCACCAUUUUCCUCACAGAGUCCAACAAAAGUGUGCUGCAGUUCCAAAACGUCAGACGUGUGGUUCAGAUAUUUCGCAUUAUGAGGAUACUAAGGAUCCUUAAACUUGCCCGACAUUCAACAGGCCUUCAGUCUUUAGGUUUCACUCUUAGGCGGAGUUACAAUGAAUUGGGUUUGUUGAUAUUAUUUUUAGCAAUGGGAAUAAUGAUAUUUUCCAGUCUUGUAUUUUUUGCUGAAAAGGAUGAAGAUGCUACAAAGUUUACCAGUAUCCCUGCAUCAUUUUGGUGGGCUACGAUCACUAUGACCACCGUAGGAUAUGGUGACAUUUAUCCUAAGACUUUACUAGGGAAAAUAGUUGGAGGAUUGUGCUGUAUCGCUGGAGUGCUGGUAAUAGCCCUGCCCAUACCAAUCAUCGUGAAUAAUUUCUCUGAGUUUUACAAAGAGCAAAAACGGCAGGAGAAAGCAAUUAAAAGAAGAGAAGCACUUGAGCGAGCAAAAAGAAAUGGAAGCAUUGUCUCCAUGAACCUGAAAGAUGCCUUCGCUCGCAGCAUGGAACUGAUUGAUGUAGCAGUAGAACCAGGGAAGCUGGGAGAACCAGCCAAUACAAAGGAAGCACAGGAUGACAACCACCUAUCCCCUAGCCGGUGGAAGUGGGCCAGAAGGACGAUAUCUGAAACAAGUUCAAACAAGUCUUUUGAAAACAAAUACCAGGAAGUUAGUCAACAAGACUCCCACGAGCAGUUAAACAAUGCUGCAGCUUCUUCCAGCCCACAGCAUCUGAGUGCUCAGAAACUGGAAAUGUUAUAUAAUGAAAUUACUAAAACUCAUUCUCAGCCUAAUCUUAAUGCUGGGUACCUAGAUCAGCCAGAAAAACUACCUGCGUAUGAAGAAGAAAUAGAAAUGGGAGAGGUUACCGGGCAGACAGAUCAGUUACCAGCUGGACAUACAGAUAUAAUACCAGACAUGAGAAGCACAUCUAGUAUUGAUAGUUUUGCCAGUUGUGCAACUGACUUCACAGAAACAGAAAGAUCUCCCCUCCCCAUGUUCCCUGGCUCCCACGUGCAAAUGAGAUUCCCAACUGACUCUGCUAACGCAGAAGACAGCCAAAGAACAAAGAGUUCCCCAUUUAUAUCACUCACAAAGGAUAUCACUUUUGACUAUAAUCCAAUAGACAGUGCUGUAAACAACAAUGUCAGUGGUUCCCAAACUGUCCUGCAUGGUCAUCUGCAUUUUGACAGUACCAUGGACAGCCCAAAAAGUUCUCUAAAAGGUAGCCAUCCAUUAAAAUCUAGAUCCCUUAAAGUUAAUUUUAAGGACAACAGAAGCAGUGCUCCACAAACUCCACCGAGCACUGCUAGGCCAUUGCCAGUAACAGCAACAGCAGACUUUACACCGUCUACCCCACAGCAUAUCAGCACCAUCCUUUUAGAAGAGAAUUCACCUCAAGGCGAAAGACCCAUGCUCGGUGCUGAUGCAUCACUGCUUUGCCAGGGACUUCCUAAAAGAUCCUCCCCUCUAUUUCCCAAACAAAAGCUUUUCACCUUCCCUUCAAAAGAGAGGAGGAGCUUCACUGAAAUAGACACCGGAGAAGAUGAAGACUUUUUGGAAUUACAUGGUGUAAAACAUGAAAAGCAGCAGGACAUCAAGACAAAUUGCUUGGGAGAUAAACACAACGAUGGCAAACAUUUAACAGAUGAACCAAGAAUCAGCACUUCAUCACCAAAAAUCAUUAGUCACAACUGUACUCAAGACAUUUACCAUACUGGGGGUGAAGGAAAGAAGGACAGUCAGCAAGAAGGUUACAAACUGGAAAAUCAUUUAUUUGCCCCAGAAAUUCAUUCAAACCCAGGAGAAACUGGUUACUGUCCCACACGCGAAACCAGCAUGUGACUAGUUACAAAAGCAAUAAAAAAACUGUUCUUAAAACAGUUAGUAAUGCCUGUGAGCUAAAACAAGAAAAGCCUAAAAAAGUGCAUAAAAUGUUAUUUUUGCAUGGCAUGAAGAGUUGUUUAGUUUAAGUACUGUUUAAAGAGUUCAAGACUGCUUUUUUGUAACAAAUUCAAAAAAAAGGAAAAAAUGACUCAAGAACCGUGAAUAAAAUAAAGAAAGCUCCAUUAGGAGCCAGUGUUCUGCAACGUCUGACAUUUUUGAUCCUUUCACUUAUGAUUAUAGACAAAUUUUAAACCCUUUGAACUUUUUUUGGUUUUUUUGGUUACAUUGAAUUUUAGAAUUUGCACAUGAAAGGAUUAAAUGUCAAUGCAUGCAUUCAUAAUGAUGUGAAACAAGGUGCUUUGAGCUUGCAAAAUGCAUAUAGUUGUAAAUAGUUUGGGGUCGGGGGGGAAAGCUACUAUUAACAAGGAACUAUGGAAAACAAGUUUCCUGGGACACAGGUACUUCCUUCACAGAACACUGUCUGGAGGUUUUGUAUAGACUUAUGUUGCAAAAUUGCAACUUCUACUUAAAGCAUCUCACAUAUCUUGCUUUCUGUUAAAAAGCUCAUGAGUAUAUCUGUUGUUUAAGGAAGGACAGUAUUUUUAGUUUAUCUAUGCUGUAAAUCAUAGUAUUUUUUUAUUUGCCUAACCUUCAUCAUUGCAUUUGUAAUUUAAAUGACAAUUCUCUGAGAAAAAGCAGAUUUAAUGACCAGAACUUGUAGCAUUUGAUAUUUUAUAUAAAGAUUGCCAAAAUUUCAUAACUUAAGACAUCACCCAUCAUUAAAUGAAAAUGCAAAACAAAAAAUAUUUAUAUGGCAAUAAAUAGUGCCAAAUAAUCAACUGGAGAGAAAUUUUAUAUAGUCAAAAAAUUCUAUUGUUCUUAAUAUAUUUCCUUUAAAUUCUUACUUUGUUCCCAUCCUUUCUCUUUCAAUUGGCUGAUAUUUGGUUCUGACAACCUACUGAAGGUCCUGUUAUGGUAUAUUUUUCCCUUUAGCCUUUAAUCUUCUUUUCUUUAUACAUAGUAUCUAUUUUUCUUCUGGAGGGCAGCUGAGCAGCUGUCUCAAGGGCUGAGGCCAUUGGCACUCCGUAGCUCAACCAAAAACAUUUAAUUAUAGGAAAGCGUCAGUCAUUCCAUUCUCCCAUGCCAAAGCAUCUUGUUUUUAUGGUAUUCCAAGGCCUUUGCUCACUAUUGUGAGAUCAUCAUCAGACCAUCAAACUACUGAAUGAAGAAAGUUAUUCAUUUUUCCUGGGCACCAAUAUAUAUAGUCUGUUAUAAGACACCCUGUCAAUUUUUUCAAUGACUUGAAUAACAUAGAUCAAUGUUUCAGUUCAUAAAUCCCUAGAGUAAUUCUGAUGAAAAAGCAGAUUCACAAUAUACAUCAACUUUGUAAUAUUCUUUCCUUUCGAGACAUAUAUAUAUGUCAAAAGGAGAGCAUAUUUCAAAGCUUACAUAUGUAAAUAUAUCUGUAUAUUCACUUUUAUCGUUCCCUCUGAUUUCUGCUGAAAUAUCCUGAUUCUCAAUUAAAUCGGUUUUACAACAGGCUGGCCAGAUCCUUGCCUGAGAGGAAGAAUUGUUCAGUAGUCAAGGGGUUUACCUAAUAUCUAAAAAAAACACAGAACUUUACAUCCUUACUCUGCAAAUCGCAGCCCCUCUGUCCUCAGUUCCCAUUAGCCGAACAGGGAAAACAAUCUUCAUGGGUGAUUGGAAGAAUAAGUACAUUUGAGUUGGUCAGGCUCUAGGGCCGUAUGGUAAUGAAAGCUUUAGAACUGUUUUAGAUAGAGUUGGCAUAGAAUAAAACAGCUCUACUAAUUGCAGUGGAGGUAGGCCAGUUUAUACAAGGUGAAGAUCUUGCCUUGUAAUUCCAUUCAUUUAAAUGAAAUUGCCCCUGACUUAAAUGAAUAGAAAAUCAGGCCCCUGAUGUAUUUAUGAUAGAAGAUCAGACAGUUUGGUUACAAGGGUGCCUUUUGCAAAAACACAUGAGACUCAUCCUGCACACCUUACUGCAGUCUUAUUCAUAUAAGGGCUGCAUGAUAGACUUAAUGUGUACUCAAGUCACUGGACCAAAUUAAAGCACAGUGUAGUUUCUUGGUUUAAAAAACUAAGUAAAUCGAUGAUUCUCUAUCAGGAUACCAUGGAGGGUGUUGCUGGGUGAGAGGAGGUAAGUGAAAUAAGUGCAGCCUUCAAUGAGAAGAUAAGUGCAGGCUUUUCACUUCCAGCUGCUCCUCCUCCCACCCACUCGCUAUUCCUCCCCUUCUUCAAGUAGGUAAGCACUGUAACAAAUAAAUUUGUUUUUUAUAUGGGGUGCUAUUCAGUUCACAAAAGUUCAAGGGGGGGGGAGGGGUGUCAUAAGAUUACAAAACUUGAGAGCCACUGAAUUAAAUGUCUGUCUCCUAAAGAAUUUUUUCCUGACCAAGUUUCUUUUGUGGUUUGAAACCUAGAAGUACGAUGUCAUUUCUUCAAAGCAGUGUCUGGUCAUUAAUUUGCAAAAUAAAAAAGCAUUUUUGUCCAUAGUUGCAGUCGAGGUAAUUCUAUUGCUACAUAGGAGUUUUUCUAUGUCUAUGGCACUCUGCUUAACUUCAUGUAUCUCAGCUCCAAAACUUAGCUCCUGAGUGGUUUGUAGUCAUUAAUUUUCUAUCUUUAUUUUUAGUGCUUUUGGGUAGAGAUUUUUGGUGACUCAGGCUAAAUACCAGUCAAUUUUAAUAUGCCUGAAGUAUUCAUCUCUGUUUUCUAUGUACAGCUUUAUGAAACUGCCCUGCUCCUGUUUUCCUCUGUUCCAGGCAACUAAAUAAAGACCAGAUUAAAUUCAAUUAGGACCUGGUCCCAUAAUCUGGACACAGAGAAAACUCCUAUUGAAAAUAAUGACCCUAAGGCCUUGCUCCUGCAAUGUGCUCCAUUUACACGCCUCUUCCACCUGCUAAAGUCCCCCUGAAGUCAGUAGCUCUCUGUAGAAGGGCAGGAAUCUGAUCAAGGGUAGUUCAUUUUAGGACUGGAACUUUAAAUGUACCCUAUGCCAAAUCAGUUCUCUCUCGAGACCUGAAUUGCCCCCAGUCAAAUCACUGGAAAUCCAGGGGGGGGUAGAAUCAAGUCCUCAAUUCUUGUGUUGACAGAUUCCCAGAGAAACUAAUGGGAGUUUGUCCAAAUAAGAAGUGAAUAAAACUUGAGUAAGGACUUCAACAUUUGGCCUCCAGAAAAGUCAAUGGGAGCUUUGACUGAGUAAAGAUUGCAAAAUCAGGCCCUUACUGACUGCUGUUUGAAACACUUUUAGAAAAACAAAGAUCCUUGGAAUCAGGAAAACCAAAUGAAAUUCUCCAUAUUAAAAGUCAAAACAAUUUAGAAAUCUUGAGGUCAGGAGGAUCAGACUUUAGAAAUCUCUUAUUGUAAGAAUCUGUUUCACUUGAUUUCAUGUAGUUUUGACCACCCUGACUAAUAUUUCCAGGAAAUCAGUUUGGAUAGAUGGCAUUUCUAGUCUCAACAAACAAAGGACUCAGUCCUGAAUCCUUAACUAAAGCAAAGCUUCAAGUAUUUAUCUGGGUAAGGACUGUAGGGCUGAGCCUAUCAUUUGCUGCAACAGGAUAUAUCAGAAGGGUAGCCUUGGAUAUUUUAAUUUAGGAAAAAAAUCAAUCUGCAUUAAAAUUAUGUAAAAUCAAGGCCCCAAAGCCAUUUCAGACUCAGUCCUGCUCUCAUUCACUGUCCAUUUCUACAUGAAGAGACCUUUUAGAGUUUGGGGGCCAAACUCCAACAGUAGUGUAAAUCCAGAGGAACUUUACUUAUCUGGAAUUAUACCAGUUUUACUCCCCCCAUAUAAAAGAGGCUGGACUCUGGCUCUUAGCAUUACUGGAAAAUUAAGUUAACUUAUGAAGAGGAUAUUGAAGUUGGCCUAAUAAAGAUAGCAUAGUUCAGCCCUAAUGGGAUACAUGUCUGUUUUUAUCAAUAUGUAAUUUUUGCUGUGUUGGAAAUGAAGUAGUUUAAUACAUGUCGUAUUUUAUCGCAUACAACAUGCAUGUUUUUUCCCAAAGAAACAGCUGCUGGAAAUUGGAGUGCACAUUAUAUGUGAGAAAAGUGGCAAGAGCAGGUUCUGCUGCUUAUGGGUGAAAUUAAAAGUAAUAUCUGCAUUGAUGGUCCACAGGGAGCAGAACAGUGAGCAGACUCAGCUGCCUAGCUGCUGCUACUCAGUUACUUACUACAAGUAAAGAUUUUGUUUCUUCAUCCUGACUUUUAAGAUAAACUGUGUAUUAUAUUCUGGGGCAUGUUUUAUGUGAGAAAAUAUGGCAUUUUAAAAUUAAAAAUAGCAGAAAGAUGCUCUCCUUUCAAAAUAGCCACCAAAGGCCCAGCAAGAAGUGUUAAUGCAGCAAAGAAGAAGAAAAGCCAAGAAGCUGUAAGUAAACAAGGCACAAUUUAAAGUAAUAUAUGCACGCGUUUAUAUACAUACAGAAUGAAGAAAAUACUGGGUGCAUCUACACAGGCAAUUAAUGCUAAACAAUACAUUCUGGAACAGUUUGAGCCAAAGUAAAGUGCUCCUGGGCUCAGCAUCUACAUAUGCUCCUAGGGCAGCAGUGAUUUGAGCUGGGGCAGAGCAGGCUUCUAGCUGGUGGGCCAUUAAUUCACAAAAUCACAAAGCAUUUUUCACCAUAGUUGCAGUACAGAUAAUUCCAUUGCUACAUAGGAUUUUUUCUACCUCUAUGGCAGUAUGUUUAACUUUUAUGUCUCACAGUUCGAAGGGCAAUUUUCACCAGCAGUCACCAUCUACAGGUGCAUUUCAGUGCAGUAAAUUACCCCGCUUUAAGACAGUACUGUCCCCAACAGUACUAUCUUACAGCAGAGUUAAUUAGUUUACUGCACCCUAAUACCAGUGCACAUGUAGACAGUGACAUUUUACUGCCUAGCUAAUUAGUCUACUUUGCAAUAAAGCUCACAUGUAGAUGCACCCACUAAUAUGAAUUCAGCAUUAAAACUCAUCUUCCAACCCUAACUCACCUACUUUGUUUGUACAGCAGUUCUUUUGAUUCUCUACCAAGAGUCUCAGAGAUGCUGAAACCAACCUAAACUGUCUAUCUGAGUCUUUAGACUGUACCCAUCACUAUAGUAUCUGGAUACCUUUCUAAAAAUAAAUAUACCAUAUAGCAUAAUAGAAUCACAGAUUUGGCAGGGACAUGGAGGGUCAUUAUGCCAACUCUUUGCAGAGAUGCAACAUUCACUUGCUAAACCAGGGGUGGCCAACCUGCAGCAUGCAUGCCACAGAUGGCACAUGUGGCAUGCAGCAGACCAGAGAAGGGACAAGCAGCACAGUGGCAGGUAGGGCAGGGAGUGGAAAACAGAUUAGGAGAUUGAGCAGGGACCACAGGCAGGAAGCAAAGAAGCAUAUCAUGCAGGGAGUACAGGGCAAAGAGCAGAAAGCAGAGUAGUCAAUUUGGCAGAUGAAGGGGAUCAUAGGAGCAUUCAAGGAGGGUAUUUGGCUGAUUUGUGGCACACCUACCAGAAAGAUUGGCCCUGUUAGUCUAAACCAGGGGUAGGCAACGUUUUUUGGCUGGAGUGCCAAAAAAACCACAAUGUCUACCUUGGAAGGUGCCGGAGUGCAGACAUGCCGGAGCCUGGAGCAGCUGUUUGCAGCCUCCCGGCUGCAGCUGACCCACAGAGCCCAGUCUGCUUACAGCAGGGCUUGCAGCCUCCCAGCCACCUGCUGGGAGCAGCCUAGGCUCCAUGGCUGGCAGCAGCUGCUUAGAGCCUGGGCUGGCUGUGGUGUGCCAAGCAAAAUGGCUUUGCAUGUCAUGCUCGGCACAUGUGCUGGGGAUUGCUGAACUCUGGUCUAAACCAUCCCAGUUUUGGGGGGUUG